AUGGAUAAAAAACUAAUCAAAGACUUCCCAUACGAAUAUGAAAUAGUGGAUCCGGAGAAAAACGAAGACCUGGUCAAUUAUUUUUGCACUCCCAAGGAUGAAUAUGUUACUAUUGGUCCAAAAAAAUACUUCUUACUUAAAGGUUAUUUGUCAGGAGCUGCUAGAAUUUACAACUUUCCACUGAGUAGCGAGGAUACAUUCGUCAUUACCUACCCAAAAUCAGGAACAACUUUGACUCAGGAAUUAGUAUGGUUGCUAGGCAACAAUUUAGAUUACGAGAAGGCAGAGUCCAUAAAUAUCAAUGAAAGAUUUCCAUUUCUGGAAAUUUCGGCAAUGCUCAACAUAGAUGAAUUCCCAUUGACGGCCGACCUGAAGAAGGAACUCAAGAAAUCUCUAAUACCUGUAACACUUGAACAAAUUGAGGAAAUGCCAUCACCGAGAUUCAUCAAAAGCCAUCUACCGCUGUCACUGUUACCACCAUCACUCUUGGACACUACAAAGGUGGUUUACAUAGCACGUGAUCCGAGAGACGUUGCUGUUUCAUACUAUAAAUUUCAACAGUUUCUCAAUAUUGUGCCACCUGAGAAAGAAUUUAAGCAGUAUUGGAAGUUCUUUAUGUCAAAUCAAAUUAUGUGGACGCCAUAUUUCGAACAUGUUCUCGAAGCUUGGGAGCAGCGGAAACAUCCAAACAUGCUCUUCCUAUUCUAUGAGGAUAUGCUAAAGGAUUUGACGGGAGCUGUACGCCGUGUGGCGGAUUUCUAUGGUAAAACACUUUUAGAUGAUCAAGUUAACAACCUCGCCCGCCAUCUUGACUUCGAUACGUUUAAGAAAAACAAGUCAGUCAAUAUGGAAGACUUGAAAAAAACUGGCAUAUAUUCCAGUGACGGAGCUUUUAUAAGAAAAGGUAAGGCAGGCGGGUGGCGAAACUACUUCGACGAAGAGAUGUCGGCUCAGGCGGACGAGUGGAUCGCGAAACAUCUGAGCGACACUGACUUCCGUUUACCACAUUGUUAAGAAGUCAUGAAUAUAAAUCGAUAUUUCAGUAUAAAUACGUUCCUAAUUAUGCAACU